CACAGUGAACAGAGUAUCUGCCAAGCCCGCGCYUCGGUCAUGGUGUACGAUGACGCCAGUAAGAAGUGGGUGCCAAUCAAGCCGGGACAGCAGGGCUUCAGCCGCAUCAACAUCUACCACAACACGGCCAACAACACCUUCCGCGUGGUCGGGGUCAAACUACAGGACCAGCAGGUAGUGAUCAACUACUCCAUAGUAAAGGGGCUGAAGUAUAAUCAGGCCACACCCACCUUCCACCAGUGGCGUGAUGCCAGGCAGGUGUACGGUCUCAACUUCGCCAGCAAGGAGGAGGCCACCACCUUCUCCACCGCCAUGAUGUUUGCCCUCAAUAUGCUCAGCUCGCAAGACGGAGGCCCUGCUGUCCAACGUAAAAAUGGGCCCUCCUCAGAAGACCCCGAUGCACACAGGAGGCAAAUGAUGGAGCAGCAUCAGAUGCAGAUGCAGGAAGUGGCCCACAAAGAGAGGGAACGACGGACGUCUGGCUCAGUUGUUUCCACCCUCCAAUAUAAGGUGUCCUCCCCUCCCUCUCACCCGUCAAACACCCCUCCUGAGUACAGACACUACCGGGCCGCCACACUGCCGCCUUCCUACGCCCGAGUGGCCUCCAACUCCUCCCCUUCCUCCUCCUCCUCCUCCUCCUCCCAGGAAAGAGAGGUGCUGGGCGGACGGGCUGGCGACAACUCCUCCCAGCUCUCCCAGCUCUCCACCUCCCUGGCCUCGGCCUUCUCACCCGUGCAGCCAGGGGUGCCCAUGGCCCCGACCCGGCAGGUGCGCCAGAUCCCCCUCUCUCCCCCCACUGCUCGGGCCCUCCACCACACCCAGUCUCUCCACCAGGGUCAUGCCCUGCAGGACCCUGUGCUGCCCCCCAAACAUGGCACCUGGUCAGCCUCCCACGCCCACAUGUAUGGCCCCGUGCCCUCCACGCCCCCCUUGGUGGGCAUGAUGCCUGUGCACAUGCCCCCUGUGCCCCAGCCCCAGCAUGUCGUCCCCGUAGCCCACCCUCUGCCGCCCCUCCACAGCCGCGUCAAGACCCACCCCCUGGACCAGCCUGACCAACCCCACAUCCCGUCCCACCUCCCCCACGCCAACGGUCAAUCAGAGGACUAUUAUAACCUUGCUCAGCAGCAACAGCAGCAGCUAGGUUACGGCGAGGCUUCUUCCUUACACCCUCUGAUUGGUCAGUCUGCCCAGGGCCCCGUCCCUGUCUCUGCCCACCAGCCCCAGUACCCCUCCUCCUUUCACCCCCAGCAGCAGAUGUACCAGGCCACGCCCCCACCACCACCAGCACCCCAAUUCUCCCCCCCCCCAUACACCACAGCCCAAUCAGAGGGGGGCUCGCCCAAGCAGACACCCUCUCCUGUCACUCGGGCUGCCACAGCCAGCUGCAGUCCGGUUUCUCUUCCCGCAUUGCUGGCUUUGGCCCCACCUAUGCCUAUGCCCCCCCCUGCCCCUAUGGCACCCAUGGCCCCCCCUCCUCCACCGGGCCCCCCGCCUCCGGCCACGGUGCCACCGCCCAUGCCCCCUCCACUGCCGGUUGGUAGAGGGCCCGGGGGGCCACCGGUAGGGGAGGCAGGCAAUGAGCUGGCGCAGCCACUCUCAGGACUGGCGGCUGCCCUCGCUGGAGCCAAACUCCGUAAAGUUGCAAGGGAUGAGAACAGUCCACCAGGAACAGGUGGAGCCAAGAAUGAUGCCAACCGCUCGAGUGGAGGUAGUGGUGCUGGAGGGGAGGGGCUGAUGCAGGAAAUGAACGCCCUUCUAGCACGCAGACGGAAAGCCUCAGAGAGACCUGAAGAGGAGGAUCCCAAGCCAGGGCAGAACUCUACAGGUGCUGGGAUGAAUCCAUGGGACCGAGCAAACUCUGUAGACAAGUCUUCACUGGUAUUAAGGGUGCGACCAGUGGGCAGCACUAGUGAAGGAGACAUAGACUUUGACAGGAUGAAGCAGGAAAUCUUGGAGGAAGUUGUACGUGAAUUGCAGAAGGUGAAAGAUGAGAUCAUUAAUGCCAUUAGACAAGAAAUUGGUCGAAUCCAUACAUCAUAAUAUCUGGACAGUGGGACGUGCUGGAAGUAUGAAGGAUAAGAUGUGCUCGGGAAGAAAUGUUCUCUCAGCGUUUCUGUGAUGCUAUGAAACAUUGCUGUGACGCUGCAGAAAGGUUGAGCCAACAUUGAGUCUGCUGUGCAGAACAGAGGGAUGAAAAAAAAGUGAGAAUGAGCGAGAUAGAAUAAUGGUUAAAUGAACAAAGGAUGUACGGACGGAAGGAUGGACGGACGCUUGUACCGUUUUCCGUUUUUUCCUCUCCGUGCAUUUACAGACUCRGUUCAGUUUGCAGUUUUCUGCUCUGUUCUAAGUCUUACAAAAGAAAAUAUUUUUGUUUCCUACGUUUGUACUGUUUUAUUAUUUWAAAAAACUGAUUAUUUUAUUAUUUGUAAUAUUAUAUAUAGAGACAGACAAAACUGGUGUUCUACAUUGGCGGGUCCUGGAGGAAACUUGCACACCAUUUACAUCAGCCUUUUAUAUUUUAUAUGAUUUACUUUAUCCUUGGGUGUUUGACGAGCACAUAUGGCACAUACUGUGCUUUAGUCACCUGACCUCAGCAGUUUUUAAAAAGCUUUUUAUCUAUUCACCAGUAACAGGGCAGUGUUCAUUAGGCACCAAACAGAAGACAACUGACUGAACCAGGGAGGGACUACCUGGACAUGUCCAAUAAGAAACACUCGUUUUUGUUGUCCRUUGCUAAAGGUUUUCAUUUGGGGAUCAUUCACACAAAAAAAGUAUCCAAAACUGUAAAUUCACCAUCUAAGUUUUCCCAAUAUAGAUCAAAUUAUCCAUAGGCUAUCCCUACGAAACCCAAAGUAACUAUACAGUAUGUGUAUAUAAUUUGUUCCUGUGUUUUAACCAUGCAUGAAUCUGAUCUUUAUUAAUUUUUUUMAUUGGGUUUWAAAAAAAAGUGGUAUGUUUACAAUGGUGGUUUGUUUUUGUGAAUGUCCUCCUUGCYAUUUAAAGUUGAACUUGAAUUUGAUAUGUGAAAAUAGAGCCAGUUGCUCUUGCAAAAUGAAAAGAAUGACAUACAUCAGUGCAAAAAUGAUUUGUGAUGAUAGGAAAAUGCUUAUUUCAGGAAAAUAUUUGAUUGAAUAGCGGUUGUGACAUUAUAUUAACUUUGACUAAGUUCUGAAUAAAAUUUCAAAACUGAAAGUAAAUUAAUUUAAACAAAACAAUAGACCUGUCUACAGUAUAGAGUGGUGUGUUUUAUUUAUAAAUCGUUAUGACAUAGAAAAAGACACUGAGGCCUAGAUUCAAUCAAAUCAAGCGUUAACCAGCGAGAGCCGACACACGCAUAGCUGAUGUUUUGGCAGUGUCGGAGGUGGAACUGCGUUGGAGCUGACAAAUCGGUAAGCAGCUGCUGUUGAUCAUUGUCACAAAGCCACAYUCAUGCUAGAAGUUCAGAACGAGAAAGUGUAGGCUAUAUAGAAAUAAUGAUGCAAAAUUAAAUGAAAUAUUGAGAAAUUCUAUAAACCUAAUCGAGGUGUAGAUUACGUCUCACAUUCCAGUGUUCGAACAUCUAAACAAGGCUGCCUGGAAUUUAUCUUAAUGCAACUCCAUGUAGCCAAUGGCAAUGUCUGCUUUAGGAAUAAUGCUCGGAGCCGCUUGUGGAUUUGACAGCUCUAACGCAGUUCCACCUCGAACACCGCCAAAGCAAUCGCUAUGCGAAUGUCGGGCUAAAGCGGAUCUGAUUGAAUAGAGCCCUGAAUGUACAACUAGUACKUACAGUGUAGGCAAUACAGAACCUGACUGAUAUAGAAGUUAUGUGAUUUUAUUAUGAAAACAGUUAGUUCUCGUAAAGAAAUAUCAGUUACAUAGUUCUGGCAUUACACAUGUAUAUGCACACACAGAAUCAUCUCACCUUAAAUUUUUAAAAAUCGAAUUAAAUUGCUAAAUUCAACCUCUGUUGAACAUUGUUAGCAAUAUUUCAUAUUUCUCUUCUUGAAUGAAAAAAAUGUUCUGUGGGGAGCGGCAAACAGAGUUUCACUGAAGAAAGCUCCUCUUACUGCAAGGUAAGUUUCAAUGCUCAUUUCAUCUCUGCACUGUACUGCACGCUCAUGGUGAAUAAACAUAA